UGGGUGUUAUUGUGACUGUCGGGCCGCGGCCCCGGAUGUUGUGGCUGCAUGGGGGACAUGGCGGAGGCAGAGGGGGUGCCUGCGGCCCCAGGCCCGGCUUCAGGGCCGACUUUCAGGGGCCGCCGCUCUGUGUCAGGCUCCUGGGAGCGGGACCAGCAGGUUGAGACGGCGCAGCGGGCCCUGGUGGAGGUGCUGGGGCCUUAUGAGCCUCUGCUGAGCCGGGUGCAGGCAGCCCUGGUGUGGGAGCGGCCAGCCAGGAGCGCCCUGUGGUGCCUGGGGCUGAACGCGGCUUUCUGGUUCUUUGCACUGACAUCCCUUCGUCUUGUGUUUCUGCUUGCGUUCAGCUCUAUGAUCAUUGUGUGUAUUGAUCAAUGGAAGAACAAAAUCUGGCCUGAAAUAAGAGUGCCAAGACCUGACGCAGUAGACAAUGAAAGCUGGGGCUUUGUGCACCCUCGGUUGCUCAGCGUGCCCGAGCUCUGCCACCACGUAGCUGAAGUCUGGGUUAGUGGGACCAUUUUCAUAAGGAAUCUUUUGCUUUUCAAAAAGCAAAACCCAGGCAAGUUCUGCUUGCUGACCUGUGGGAUAUUGACCUUUUUGGCAGUCUUGGGCCGCUAUGUCCCUGGCCUCCUGCUGUCCUACUUAAUGCUUGUCACUGUCAUGAUAUGGCCCCUGGCUGUGUACCACCGUCUGUGGGAUCGGGCGUACGUACGGCUAAAGCCAGCUCUGCAGCGGCUGGAUUUCAGUGUCCGUGGCUACAUGAUGUCCAAGCAGAGAGAGAGACAACUGCGACGCAGAGCUCUACACCCAGACCGCGCUGUGGACGACCAUAGUGACAGCGAAGAGGAGCUUGCUGCCUUCUGUCCUCAGCUGGAUGAUUCUACUGUUGCCAGGGAAUUGGCCAUCACAGACUCUGAACACUCGGAUGCUGAGGUUUCCUGUACAGACAAUGGCACGUUCAAUCUUUCAAGGGGCCAAACACCUCUAACGGAAGGUUCUGAAGAUCUAGAUGGUCACAGUGAUCCAGAGGAAUCUUUUGCCAGAGACCUUCCAGACUUCCCGUCCAUUAAUGUGGAUGCCACUGGCCUGGACGAUGAGGAUGACACCAGCAUCGGGAUGCCCAGCUUGAUGUACCGGUCCGCACCAGGGACUGAAGAGCCUCAGGCAAUCCCUGCCAGUCGGGAUGAAGCUGCACUGCCAGAGCUUCUGCUUAGUGCCCUUCCUGCAGGGUCUAACCUCACCAGCAACCUUGCUAGCCUUGUCUCGCAGAGCAUGAUCCAGCUGGCGCUGUCAGGGGCCUCUCAGACAGGCCCUUCUGGCCCACCUCCUCGGAGAGUAACAAGAGGCUUCCUCCAGGCCCCCAGUUCUGACCUGGACACUGACGCUGAGGGGGAUGACUUUGAACUUCUGGACCAGUCAGAGCUGAAUCAGCUAGACCCUGCCAGUUCCAGGAGCCACUGAGGCAGAAACUCCUGUUGGGGUCAUGGAGUUUAGGUUUUUUUCUCCCCAUCCCACAUAAGGUGAAGGGGCAAGGGAAGAACCCAGGUCCCAUCCCCUGAAUUAUAUUUGUAUGCUGGGUGUUCUGGUUGAUCCUCAGAGGCCUGCUGAGAGCACACUCCCCUGCCACCAGCUGGACACCCACUUCUGAGCUCAGUCACUGAAGUCAGAGUGUGCUCCCUUGAGGGAGGCUUCUCUCCAUCAGGAUGGUACUUUCGGGGAACAAAGUAGUCAGGGGCAUUGUUUCCCCUUUGAGGGGGGUGCUGCUGUUUUCUUCUAGGUAUGGGUGCUUGGGGGUCCUCAGUGACAGAAGAACCCUUCCUCUCCUUCCUCCUGUCUCUAGAGCUCCAAAAGUCAGGCAGCAGCCAGAAGAGUUACACGGUCAUCCUCUUCCAGUGCUAAGCCAUGAUUUGUUUGUUUCCCAACAAGCUUGUUCUCUGGUUCUGCAGAGCAGGUCUGCUUCCUCUGCCCAAGCUCCUCCUCAUUUCUUGAGGCUGUUGCAAAAUACUGCUAGUGAAAUUUAAGAAAUGUGAACAUGAUGUGGGGUGGGCCUCUUCUACAUUACCUUGGGCCUCGGGGUCAGCUGGCUAGGAAGGUGAGCGCCUCAGAAUCUAAUGGUCUCACUGAAUCCUCUGGAGCUGCCCAGUUCUCUUUGGUGCUGCCGACCCCUGGCUUCAUUUGACCAUAAGCCUGAGCAAUGAGCAAAGCAAUACCAUACCCAUUCCCAUGUUCUGUUCCUGCCCCUGCUCCUCCUCUGGAGAAGCAAUAAUUCCAUGGGGGGUGUUAAAGAAGCACUUUACAAAUAGCUCAGUGGCAUUCAUCCCAGGAGCCACCAGCUUUUCUUGCACCAGCUCUUUUUAGUCCCUGUUCAGAUUCUUUCAUACUUUUAUCAAGUGCUUCCCAACUUGACUGGGCCUCCAAGGAUGAGCCCAGUUGCAAGAAAGUAGCUAUAAUCAGCAGAGAACCCUCUGAGGGACUUAUCUAUUCCACUGCCUCUGGUAGAAUCAUGUGAGACAAAAAUAAAAAAUGGUAAUUAGUUUUAACCUGUGCUAGCCUACAGCCUGUCUAACUCCCCAGUCAGAGCUCAAGCCAGACUCUUCUACCCCUUUCCCUCCCCUUUCUCUCUGCAUUAGCCCUUUGCUGAUCCUCAGGGACCACUCCCCAAACACCUCCAUACCUGGGUGAGGGGUGCUGGACAGAGCCCAUUUUCAUGUGCUGCACGUGGCGGUGUGCUAACAUGUUCGCUCUUGGUUGCUGGACGAGGCAGAGGCCAGGGAGCGAAAACAGUUAACAGUGUGAGGGGAGAAGAGUUAGCUGCUUGUUUCAGUUACUUACCUCUAUGAAGGUGAGGGGUAAUGGCCUCUGGAGCUGUCAGACAGACUGGAUACCUUCUCUAGUCUCAGAGCCCAGUUGUCUUAACUCUAAUAUGGAAAAAACCAAAUGGGACCUGUGGGGAAGGAGUGGGUGUUUUUGUUUGCAUGAGUGUGUGGCUUCAGGCUUUGGCAGUUGACAAGAGGGAAGGAAGGAAUGAAGAACAAAAUCUUUGGAAGGUGUUUCUUGUACCUGGGGGAUCGUGUUCUGGAUCUCCUUAGUCCUCCACUGUGAAUUAGGAUGGGGAUGGGGUGGGAGGGAUGCUGGGGAA